GAGUAGAACUUCCGGUAUAGUGACAAUGAAGGCGUGACGGUCUCUCUCUCUGUCGUGCGGCGGUCGUCCUCUUCGACAAACGGCCGAAAGUUUUUGGUGUGCCCAAGUAAUUCGGCCGGAAUAUUAACAUGACGGAGGUCGUGGAUGUGGUUGUUCUCGGUGACGUCCAAAAGGAGGCAGAAGUAGCGCACUUUCACGCACCCGCGAUUCAGCACAAUCCGGACGGUUGGGGCCCGUGCGAGUUGCCGGAUCAGUUUAAGGACAUUCCUUAUCAACCAUUUUCCAAGGGAGACAGGUUGGGCAAGAUCUCUGACUGGACUGCGCCACCCUUCCAGGAUAAGAAGUUUCCAAACAAGUAUACAUCACAAUUUGGUACUGGCAGUCAAUAUGCUUACUACCAUGACGAAGACGAGACUACUUUCCACUUGGUCGAUACCACACGUGUGCAGAAGCCGCCGUAUCAGCGCGGUCGCUUCCGUCACAACCAGCGCAAUUUGCGCGGUCGUGGUGGUCAACGUGGCGGGUUGAGUCAGAUGCAGCAAUUAGGAAAGCUGAAAUUGCGAGAACGAGAACGUAAAGGACAAGCAAAACGUUGGGGUAGACAGCAGGGUCUGCGGAAUCAUAAGAAUCAACCACCAAUUAAGAUUCGAGAUGCUUCCGUUACGGUGCGACCCGAUUGGAGUACAAUUGAGGAGAUGGACUUCCCACGGCUGGCAAAGCUCUCGCUACCCGGUGUGAAAGACGGCGAAGAUAUAAUGUGCUGCGGCUCGCUCGAGUAUUACGAUAAGACGUAUGAUCGUGUGAACGUUAAAAACGAAAAGCCGCUGCAACGAAUCGAUCGUAUCUUCCAUACGGUUACCACCACCGACGAUCCGAUCAUUCGCAAGCUCUCGAAGACCGAGGGCAAUGUGUACGCCACUGACGCGAUUUUGGCCACCAUCAUGUGCUGCACGCGUAGCAAUUAUUCAUGGGAUAUCGUUAUCGAAAAAAUCGGCGAUAAAUUGUUCUUCGACAAGCGCGACAACACCGAGUUCGAUCUUCUGACGGUAAACGAGACGAGCGUUGAACCACCUCAGGACGAUGGCAACUCGCUGAACUCACCGAGAAAUUUAGCGCUUGAGGCCACUUUUAUCAAUCACAACUUCUCGCAACAAGUACUCAAGUCUAACGAGUCACGUUACAAGUUCGAAGAAGGUAAUCCGUUUAUCUCGGAAGAGGAGGAAAGCGAUGUGGCCAGCGUGGCGUAUCGUUAUCGCAAAUGGGAUCUCAACAACGGCAUCGUGCUUGUUGCUCGAUGCGAACACGAUGCCGUGAUGCAAGGUCCCAACAACGAAAUUCAGUUUUUGACGAUCAAAGCUUUGAACGAAUGGGAUUCAAAGCUAGCUAACGGCGUCGAAUGGCGUCAGAAACUCGACACACAACGUGGCGCGGUUUUGGCUAACGAAUUGCGCAACAACGCGUGCAAACUCGCCAAAUGGACCGUGCAGGCGUUACUGGCCGGUUCGGAUCAGUUGAAAUUCGGAUACGUGUCGCGCGCCAUAGUACGUGACUCAAGCAAACACGUAAUUCUCGGCACUCAGCAGUACAAGCCAAAUGAGUUCGCGACACAAAUCAAUCUGAACAUGGACAACGCGUGGGGUAUUCUGAGAUGUAUCAUCGACAUUUGUAUGAAGCAGAAGGACGGCAAAUACUUGAUAAUGAAGGAUCCAAACAAGCCUAUGAUUCGUUUGUACGACAUUCCCGAUAAUACUUUCGAGAGUGAGGGCGAGGAAGACGAGGACGACGAUGAACCGGUUAAUGAUGCGUUUCAGAGUUAACGGCAACGCUUAAUUACGCUUGUUAAUUGGUAACUACGAUUUUUUCUUGAAAUUAGGAAUCUGUAAAGACAAAGGUAUUCUUACAAACGAAAUAAAAUGAGGAAAUUAAACUGGA